CCAAGUUUCCUUGCGCCUCCAGCGACGCUGUUGCAGUUGGUGGGACCCUGCACGUCGGCGCCUCACGGAGGGAGAGUUUUAUGCUCUUUCGGGGAUCGCUUUGUGCCAAUUCAGUGGGGUGGGAUCGGUGGUUACGCGAGUAGGAGGACGGUAAGGGGACAAUUAGGCUUGCAGUUGUGGCCUGCAGUCAGUCACCCAUAAGUAGCAGAAUUAACUGAUUUGGUUUGCAAAAUUUGAAAGUUCCUCGGGUUGCAAAAUAACUGUGCUUUUCUUUUGGGGUUUUGUUUCCUUUAUGGGUUCUACCCCAAAUGUUUCUUGCUCUUAAGGAAAUGUUGCCUUUGAGUACAGAACCUGUCCAACAGCAAAUGAUGGAUCCUAAGUCUGUCCUGGUUUCCUCACAAAGAGUCCCCUCCCUAUGUCUUUGGAAUGGUUGCUGUUGUGCCUUUUUGUGGUGUGUCUCAGGGUUUGGGACCUUGCUUCAGAAACAGCCUGGGGUCCUGGGACAGAGGUCAGGUGCAGCCGGGUGAGGGUCUUCUGAGUGCAGGGUGCUUGGAGCUUGCAGAAGUGUUACCUUCCCAAGUCUGGGAGAGUUUGCAUCUGGGCAGAGGCUUCUCAUCCAAACCCGUUAUGGCAUCACCCCCAUUAUACAGAUGGGUAAGUUGAGGUUGGGGAAGUGCCUUGCCCACACUCACACAGCCAGUAAGUAGCGCUGAAGUCUGUGCUUGUCAACCAGGGGAACAAGAUGAGAAGAACAGGUUAAAGUGCAGCCCCUGCAGACCUCUCCGCUGUGCUGGCAUAGCCAGCGCUCCUGUUCCCCGCAGGUGUUUGUGCCUUGCCUGUCUCUAAUAGUUUAGGGUUAUUUUUGUCUUUACAUCAUAAAACUUUCCUGCUCAGAAGCCUCUAGGGACACUUAGCUGCUCCUUAAGUGCCUCUCUAUUAAUUUGGGGAGGCAGAUUUGAUUUUAAGUGGGGUUUUGAGUCAGUGGUUCUGUGUUGUGAUUAAAUUGUAACAAAUUGGCUGCUUUCUCCUGGAUGCUGGGGGCCGAUAGCUGUGCAAGGGCGGCUCCUGGAGAGCAGGCUUGUGUCUGGGACUGGUGUGCACCUGUGGCUCUUGUGAGACCAGCCUCCGCUACUGCGGUGUUUGGGAGCAGAAGAUGUUCGAGAAGCAGGCAGGCCUUGGCAGCCGGUGCAGGGAAUCUCACAGCACUGCCCUUCGUUGCCUUUCAUACCUGGGACAACCACAGCCAGGUGCUAGGAGAGGCAGGCAGGGUCCCCGCAUCCUUGCACAGGUGGGCUCCUCCGGAGCAUUGUGAGCUUUCUCCGUGACAGCACCUGUGGCUUGUUGGUGUCUGAAGUGCUGGCCUGGGGGCUUCAGGGACCUGUUCUUGAUGUGUAGCCCCAUUCAGACUCUGGGGACCUUAAGCUUCACUGAAACCGGCACUUAGCGGGCUGCUUUGCACUGGACAGGGUGGGGGCCUCGGCCUGGGGUCAGGGAAGCUAGAGAGUGCUGUGCCUGGGGGCGGGGGACUCCCGGGCCCCUGGGGUUGGGUGGAGCUGUCCUGGAAGAGCCAGAGGGGUUUGAGAAACAUGUGGAAAGAGUUUCAGACCUUGGGUUCCUGCUGUCACCUCCCCACCCAGAGACAGCCUUCAGAACAAGCUCCUGGCGCUCCCUUCUGCAGCUCUGCCUUCGGGACUGCCCCUUGCCCCUGCCUGGGCCCUUCUGCUCCUGGGUCAGGCCAGUCAUCUCCGCUGGCUCUGCCCUGCCGGGUUCCCGCCUGACCACCCUCCUUUCUGGUCUCAGCCCCCAGCACUUCCUCACCCGGGAGCCCGUGUCCUCGGGCUGCCCCCUGGUUAGGAGGGUGCACAGGGAACUUUGGGGAAGGGGUGGACGCUCUGGGAGGCAUGAGCCUUAGUGGUCACGCUUUCUCAGACAGGCGCAUCUCCCUGCGAGGAGGGAGCGGGCGCGCCACAGCUCUGGGAUCUGUGCCGUAAAGAGAUUCCAGUUUGGGCCAAGCCUGUGUUACCUACCUUGGACUCAGCCUUGCGGUUGGGGCAGGGACUGCGAACAUGUCGGGAAUCGCCCUCAGCAGACUCGCCCAGGAGAGGAAGGCGUGGAGGAAAGACCACCCUUUCGGUUUUGUGGCUGUCCCGACAAAAAAUCCCGAUGGCACGAUGAACCUCAUGAACUGGGAGUGCGCCAUUCCAGGAAAGAAGGGGACUCCGUGGGAAGGCGGUUUGUUCAAGCUGCGCAUGCUGUUCAAAGACGAUUACCCGUCCUCGCCCCCAAAGUGUAAAUUUGAACCGCCAUUAUUUCACCCGAACGUGUACCCUUCGGGCACGGUAUGCCUGUCUAUCCUGGAGGAGGACAAGGACUGGCGGCCGGCCAUCACAAUCAAACAGAUCUUACUAGGAAUACAGGAACUUCUAAAUGAACCAAAUAUCCAAGACCCAGCGCAAGCAGAGGCCUACACGAUCUACUGCCAAAACAGAGUGGAGUAUGAGAAAAGGGUUCGAGCACAAGCUAAGAAGUUUGCGCCCUCAUAAGCAGCGACCUGUGGCAUCACAGAAAGGAAGGGAUUGGUUUGGCAAGAACUUGUUUACAACAUUUUUGCAAAUCUAAAGUUGCUCCGUACAAUUACUAGUCACCGGGGGAGGGUUGGGUGGGCGCCAUCUUCCAUUGCCGCCACGGGACACAGUUCUUGAUUCGCUGAAUUGCCCAGUUUUUCAUACAGGGUCUCUUCCUUCAGUCUUUUGUAUUUUUGAUUGUUAUGUAAAACUUGCUUUUAUUUUAAUAUUGAUGUCAGUAUUUCAACUGCUGUAAAAUUAUAAACUUUUAUACUUGGGUAAGUCCCUGGAGCUCGCUUCCUCCGCUCUGCCGCAGGCAUGCUUCUCACCUGCCCGGCUCACCUGGCCCCGCCGGCUGUACAAAGAGAAACCACACGGCCGCCGCCUUGUCCUCCGGAGUCUGGGGCGUGUUGCUCUUGAGCCUCAGAUCCGACGCCAGCGCGUCUGACCGCAUCACUUCCUUUGUGUUUCUAUGGCGUUCUGUCUGUGUUGCUGUUUAGAGUAAAUAAACUGUUUAUAUAAA